AUGAGCGGCUUCAAGGAUAUUAUGAAAGAUGGCUGGCACCCGAAAGCCAAAGACGGGAAAAAGGAAAGCUGGCGGAACGACUUCAAGGGCAUCAACCAGGUGGCCGGAUGGAUGGGCAAAGGGAGGGAUAAGGACGAUGAAAGAGAAACGCAUGUUGCGCGGCCCAUCUCAACACUCAAGGACCCGUCGAACUUCGCUCCGCCGCCCAAACACGUCAAAUACCACGGUGCCUCCGCCCUGUCGAACGAAACAACCUCGAAUCGCAGUGGAUUGGGCGCACCUUUGAGCCAGGCGGAAAUAAAUCAGCAGGAAUCUCACAGACAGCAGGCGAUAGAGGCGGAAGAGGAGGAGAGGAGACGAGAGGAGGAAGCUGCGAAACGGCCACCAGUGCCGUUUCGAGCAAACCGGACAGGCAUCGACCCAAGCACUCUUCCACCACCGCCCCGGCGAGUUGGUUCAGUUGCAGAAUCGGCACCAGCAUCUACGAGGCCUGUACCAAGACUUCCGCCCCGUGUACCACCUCGAACAAACACCUCCACGCCAGCUUCUCACUCCCCCUCUCCUCCUCCCGCGUACUCUCCCAGUCCAUCAGCUACAGAACAGUCACAGCCCUCGGAUGGGUAUGUAAACCAAGCUGCUACGUCGCGUCUGACCCAGGCGGGAGUAUCUGUUCCAUCGCUAGGUAUCGGUGCAAGACCCUCGAACCCAACCUCACCGUCAGCGGGCCAUGCGAACCAGGCGCCGGUGAACGAACUACAGGGUCGAUUCGCCCAGAUGAGAACCAACUCUGCAUCAUCCCCGUCGUCUGGACCGCCGCCAGCAGCACAGCAAACCCAAUCGCCAACUAGUUCUACUCCGAGUGUUGCAAACGCCAAGUCUGCGUUUAACGAUUUCCGGUCCAAGCAUAGUGACCAGAUUGAAUCUGGAAAGCAGAGAAUCACUGGGUUAAACCAGAAAUACGGGAUAACCGAACGGAUUAACAAUGCUGUGUCCAGCAAGUCCGCCAGCUCGGAGCAGGCUCCUCCUAUUCCUCCGCAUCCAAAUGCGGGCCGUCCAACAACAGCCUCUAGUACUGACAUCGGGUCUGUGGCCCAGCGAAAGGCGCCUCCACCGCCGCCGCCGCAGAAGAAAGCCGAGCUACGGGCAACGCCGGUCAAUACGGGAUCACCAGCACCACCUCCACUCCCUCUUAGUACUAAACCCCGCUGA